CAGCAACAUUUCGGCUUUAACAGCCGACUAGACGAUAAUAAUAAUAAUAACAACAAUAAAAAAAAAACUUCUCAAACAUUUCCCCUCGAAUCUCAGUCGGACGUCGUUUAGCGUCCGUACAGCAGAAGGACGAAGACAAACCCGCAAGACGUCAGUGUGUUUAUCCCGCGGGGGAAACCAGACCCUGCCCUCCGUGACUGAGAGUAAAUCACGACCAGAGUUCCAACUAGACAGACCUUCUUUGCCUUCAGUAUGAAGACCUCUGUCCUUCUCCUCUCUCUGACUGUCCUUUCACUUCUGACCUCCACGUGCUCCUCUCAGAGCGAGUCAGACCACAUUGUUCAGAUACGUUCUGGUCGAGUUCGUGGGACCCGUCUGCUAUUGCCGGACCGAAGUUAUGUCAUCGCUUUUUUGGGCAUCCCCUUCGCUGAGCCUCCAGUGGGAAAGCGGCGGUUCCGUCCUGCUGAGCCUAAGCGGCAGUGGUCGGGGGUCUAUGAGGCCAUCACCUACCCCAAAGCGUGCUACCAGUUUGUGGAUACAUCAUUUCCAGGUUUCCAGGGCAUCGAGAUGUGGAACCCCAACAGGGAGAUGAGUGAAGACUGCCUGUACUUGAACGUGUGGGUGCCCUCCUCACCCAGACCGCACAACCUUACAGUCAUGGUGUGGAUCUACGGUGGAGGGUUCUAUAGCGGGUCUUCUUCAUUGGACGUGUAUGACGGUCGCUAUCUCGCCCACACUGAGACAGUCAUUGUUGUUUCCAUGAAUUACCGGAUUGGUGCCUUCGGUUUCCUCGCUCUGCAUGGCUCAUCUGAGGCUCCUGGAAAUGUCGGCCUGCUUGACCAGAGGAUGGCGCUGCAGUGGGUCCAGGACAACAUCUAUGCCUUUGGUGGAAAUCCCAAACAGGUGACCAUCUUUGGUGAGAGUGCAGGUGGGGCUUCUGUAGGAUUCCACUUGUUGUCUCCGGACAGCAGGCCAACCUUCACCAGAGCUAUCCUUCAGAGUGGGGUCCCAAACUGUCCCUGGGCCACAGUCAGCCCAGCUGAGGGUCGCAGGCGAGCCAUGCUGCUGGGAAAACUGGUGGGCUGCAAUGGGGGAAAUGAUACGGAGCUCGUGGACUGCCUUCGGAAUAAAACUCCACAAGAGCUCAUUGACCAGGAGUGGCAGGUUCUGCCAUGGUCGGCGCUUUUCCGAUUUUCCUUUGUACCUGUUGUGGAUGGGGAGCUCCUUCCCGACACCCCGGAGGCCAUGCUGAGCUCAGGCAACUUCAAGGACACCCAGAUCCUGCUUGGGGUAAACCAGGAUGAAGGCACAUACUUCCUGCUGUACGGCGCACCGGGCUUCAGCAAGGACAAUGAGAGCCUCAUCUCCAGAGAGGACUUCCUGGAAGGUGUGAAGCUGAGCGUUCCUCAUGCCAAUGACAUUGGUCUGGAAGCAGUGGUGCUGCAGUACACUGACUGGAUGGAUGAGAACAACGGAAUGAAGAACCGCGAUGCUUUGGAUGACAUUGUAGGUGACCACAAUGUCAUCUGCCCACUGGCCCACUUUGCUCGCUCUUACGCCCAACACAACUCCCUCAAGUCCAACAUGGGCGGACUCAACUCUGGAGCAGUCAACAGUGCAGGAAAUAUGCAAGGUAACUGUCUACCUCUACUUGUUGACCACCGGGCGUCCAACCUGCAGUGGCCAGAGUGGAUGGGAGUCAUCCACGGCUACGAGAUCGAGUUUGUCUUUGGCCUGCCUCUGGAGAAGAGACUCAAUUACACUGUAGAAGAGGAGAAACUCAGCAGACGAAUGAUGAGAUACUGGGCCAACUUUGCACGAACAGGAAACCCAAACGUGAACCAUGAUGGCUCCUUAGACAACCGAAGGCGCUGGCCUCUGUUCACCAUCAGCGAGCAAAAACACGUUGGCCUGAACACUGAACCACUGAAGAUCCACAAGGGCCUGAGGAACCAGAUGUGUGCUUUCUGGAACCGCUUCCUGCCACGCCUCCUCAACAUCACCGACAACAUAGACGAGGCCGAGCGUCAGUGGAAGGUGGAGUUUCACCGCUGGUCUUCCUACAUGAUGCACUGGAAGAGCCAGUUCGACCACUACAGCAAACAGGAGCGCUGCGCCGAUCUGUGAGAGUUGCCAGGGCGGAUAAGAAUCAAAGCGACGACCGCUUUCCUCCAUAGUCCCUCAGUUAAGACAGACUUCUUUUACGGACAUUUCGUUGUUGUUUAUUAUAUGUGUCUCUACACACACAAACCCAGGCACUGUUCCUUUUUAUAUACUAUUUUACUAUUUAUUUACAUGUUUGUUACAGUAUUUGUGUGUGUCUGUGUGUGCGCGCGCAUCACCGUGGCGUCAGCAGGCUAUGGAGGGAACUUGUCGUCAAUAUUAAGAAAUAUUAGAAAUGUCUAGAUGUGUCAUUACCUGUGCACAGUGUAUGUGCGUGUGUGGCUUGGACCCCCACUCAGUCUAACAACAAUCUCAACAACGCCAUAACGUUGCACACUCACUGUUUUCUUGACAUGAACCUCCUGAAGGCAGCAGGUCACUUUUGCUUUCACCGGAGGUCCAACUUUAAAGGGUUUCAGGGUUUUUGCUUUUGGAUUCUUUGUGUUGAUGACCACUUUUCUGUACGUACGGACAAAAGCAGGUAAUUGAGAUCCCACUGAAGGGGCGGUUGGACAAGAACCAACUGAAAUCUUCAUUUGCAUGAUCUCAGACUGUGAGAGGCGGGGCAUGUUUAGGCAGCGUCCCAGCUAGCUAACUGUUUAGCCCAAAACUGGUCAUAGAUUCUUCUUAAACUGGGUGGCAGACCUGAAGAUAAUCACAUGCCUCUGUGAGACUUGUAGCUGAUUCAUUAAGCUUAUAAUUGCCGUGACGUCACCACAGCGCUCUUAUCAUUCACUGUCGUGUUUGGAUUUGUGGUCGCAAGCAGGAAGUAGCGAACUGCUAACCAAUGAGGUCAGUUCUUUAAAAGGAACCUGAUCAGCAGCCGGGAAAGAAUCAUUCAGUGCACUGACCAAAGAUUUCUGAGUUUGACAAUGCAUUCUGGGAACUUUUAAGGAGGCGCUGUGUUUGUCUAAACCGCUGACUAAAAGGAUUUAUUUAAUUUGAUUAAAUUCCCUCCUUAAUAAUGUUACUUUCUUCAAAAUGACUCCUCUCUUCCCUCUGUUCCUCUCCAUCUUUCUCUCUCACCACUCUGUCGUUCACUGUCUUCUUUCUGUUUAAUCUUUCGCCUCAGAUCUUGUCUUUGUUGUCUUCCCCACCGUGUCCUACCCUCUCCUCUUUUUCAGCUGGCUUCUUUUCCUGUGGUGAUGAUUUUGUACCUCUUUAACUUGCUCUUGUCUCAGUUGCAUUUCUCUUUUCCAUCCCUCCUUCUGCGUCCCUGCCCCCUUUCUUCUCUCCAUCUCUCUGCCUCUCUCUCCUUGCUCCAGCACUUUCGUUAGCCUAAUGGAGACAGAGUAAUUCACUCAGCGGCGGGAUAAUGUGACAGAGCGCUGGCUCAGCCUCCGGCCUGCCAGCAUCCACCGCUCGGCCAUUUGGAAGGAAAAUGGAGGUUUAAAAAAAA